AUUAGCCCAGCCCCACCAAUGUCAUAUCAGUUGGCAGACAUCUGGCUCCAACUAUGAAGUAGAGCUUCAGGGACUGUCACGCUAAUCUGGAAAUAUGUGAUGCAAUGGGCUAUAUCAGAGCACUUGUUUCCCUGGGUGACAAAGGCAAAAUGAGUCAGCCUCUAAAUGUUAACCAAUGGUGCCAACAACCAGGCCCUCUGUCAUCAAAGGUACCUAACAGUAAAGAGAGGACCGAUGUGGGAACCUAUCAGCCCUCACUGCUUAGUUACCAAAAUAACCAAUGACAGUGUCCAUUUCAUCCUGUUGGUCUGCCUUGCCCUGCCACUCGACACCCACUGGUUAUUCCAAUGUGAGCUAGCUAGCUGCGACCUGUGUUGCUGCUCAGUUUGGCCACAGCGACUUGUGCAUCUAUUUUGGUAUCUUCUGAGCUCGCUAUCAGGAGCCUGGCCGCACCAGUGCAUUUGAACAUGGAUCUGAAGGCUUGACUCACUUCGCAGGUGGUACUGCACUGGAUUCUUGGACUCUAAAUUGAGGAUUUGUGUUUGAUACCAGGUUCUAGAUUGGACCCCUAUACUCAGCAUGAAAGACCCAUCACCAAGGAAGUUUACAAAUCCUGCCACUUCCUUGAUGUUAUCGUGAGCUGGAAGAAAACCAAAGGACCUACAGUGCUGCAGCGGCUGUAGAAGAGUCAAGACUGGUGAUGCACAAAACAGAAAGACACUUGUUGACAUCAUGAGCUGUGUGGAAAAGCGACACAUGAGCCAUCGGGUAGGGAGCAUGCUCCACCAUCGCUUCCCCAACGGCUUCAGCGACUUGUUUAUGGACGAGACUGAUCGGGAGGUCAGCACUCUCACCGAUCGAGCCUUCCGAAGUCUCUGCGUUGGAGAUGACGCAGUUUAUAACGACGAGUUCUUGUAUGGAUACUCACCUUUCAGCUGCCACAAACCCUUGGCGGGGGAGCCUCUUAAAAAGACACAUCAUAAGGAAUCUAAAAAGCAAGGGCAAAACAAAAACGACAAAAAUGAUGCCCAACCAUGGAAACAGCAGCAACAGAAUAAUAUGUCCCACAUGUCAUCUUUCCUUAAGGCAUUAAGUGCCACAGAGGAAAGCUGUGAGGGAAUGUUGAUCAAAAAUGGAGGCAUGACAGAUUCUAAUGGGGAAUCAUGGGAUAAGUCGGCACUUCGCAGCAUCCAAAGAGAGCUAUCGGAAUUCUCCUCGGAUUAUCACACCAAUCUCACAGAGAGACAUUACAAGAACCAUCACUCUGGCGAUGGUUCAUCAAACAAAACUGGCAAAGAUCUUGCCCUUCUCUCAGGGAAAUCCUCAAAGAUCAAAAAUGGGAAAUCAACUGUCAAACUAAGGAAACUUAACAUCAAAAACUUUUUCCUCCACAGUGAGUUUAGCCCUUUCCAAACAUGGAGAGACUUUAACCGGUUCCCCUUCGGGCAAGAGGAGACAGUCACGUCUAUUCUUCCCACAGAUAAUAUCCCUAAAUGGUAUGACUUGCCAUUUUACAAGGAGCUGACAGAGGCACACAGAAAAGAGACUCUGCACACAGAAGAGGCACAGUCAUGCCAGAAAGCAGUAGUUGAGCCCCCUCCACCCACUGCUCCUAAACCCAUCCCUCCGCCUCCUCCACCAAAGGUCCUGCCAAAGCCUUCAGCAACCCCAGCUGAGAAGAGGUGCUCAUCAGAGGGAGGGGAUGGGAAUGCUGCCCCCUGGAGGCGCAACAGGUCCAGGGCAAAAAGUACUGUUCCAGUCAAUCAGCCUGGGGUACCAAUUCAAGACAAUUAUGCAAAGACAGUGGAUGAAAGUCUUUUGUUGGUCAAAAAGGAGGCUAAAUCUGUAGAGGUGAAAGCAAUUGAAGAAGUCAGCUCUUUGGCCUCUACUCCAUUCAGUAUCUGCCAACUUAUGACUCCCCUCAUUCCCUCUAGACAACCAACAGAAACAUCAGAAAUCCUCCAAGGAGUCCUCUCGCCCUCUGCCCUUGACCUUCCACUUAGACCACACUCUGAGGCCAAAGUGACCCCUGAACCUCCGGUCAAGCGGGACAGCUACAAAUCGCUAGCCUCUAGCAUCCUCUUCAACCUAAAAGACAACAGGAAACGGGUGAAAAGCCGUUACAGCCCACCUAAAUUCAAAACUUUAGAGUUGCCUGAGGAUAGCAUCCCAUCUCCACAAUCAGAUCAUUUGAAACAUCCACAAGCUGGCUCUGAGGGCAAUGCAUCUGGCUUAAGCACUCCUGCCAUUUUAAAAGAUGGACAGACGGUUUGCAGUCCUAUCUUGGAACCUGCUGGCAGCCCGACUGUGGAUCCUACAAAACAAGACACUGAGAGGCCUCUGUCAGAUGAUUAUUUAUUAUCAAAUCUACUGCAAACCAAGAGGGAGGCUGCUGGUAACAGUGGUUUUGGUGAGGAGAAUCCUAUCUCACCCUUUAUACACUCAAAAAAGAACAAGAGCCCAAUGACUAAAAAGCAAAACUAUCCCUCUCUGAAUUUGUACAAGAAAGCCAGCCCUGUUGACAGUGAUAUGAAAUAUCUUCAAGUCCCUCUGAGCACCGGUGCUCCUGUGCACAUAGACCAACCAGCUGAGACAAAUGAACUUUCACCACUCAUGCUAAACAAAGAAAAGUCCCCAAAAACACUGCCAACAACCACAGGGCUUUCACCAAAUACUUUAAAUGUCAACAAAGAUCGUUCACCCAUAAUUUCACCCCAAGCAACUGAGAACGAGAGGUUGUCAUCAAAUAUUUUGGUGGGGAAAAGACCCUCAAAUGUACCAGGCAAAACAAAACAGUCAGUGAAAGACACAAAAGAAAAAGACUUUGGAUUGCAGCCGGCUUCUAAGGAAAAAGAUGCUGGCGGCCAAACCAUGAGUACAAUGGAUGUGAUCAGAGCAGCAAGGGAAGCAAUUAAUGCAACAAAACAUAGAGCUCUAUCUGCGGCUCAGUCAGAAAGCAUCAGUAAGCCGAUUUCAGAAAUAGAAGAAAUGAAGGAAAGAGAAAUAGACGAUAGGGUUGCUUAUUCAAAGGAAAAGUUUAGCAGCAAUAGGGAGAGUUUAAUGGCAGAAAACAAUGUUUUACUUCAAAGUAAAAAUGAAACAAGCUAGUGCAGCUCUGGCUAGCAAAAAUAGUAAUGUCAAGAAAGAGCCUCCACCAGUUCCCAAGAGAACUUUUGCAAAAUCUGAUAUUGAAUUUGCUCUUGACAAACAGCAAACAUAUAAUGCUGACAAGCCCACUAAUAGUGAUUUGGGGGAGGCAAAACUAGAUUUACCACCAAAAGAAAAUGAAUCUGUCUCAAAACAAGGGAAGGCCAAACGCAUAUUCUCAGCCAGACAAAACAAUUAUAUAAAGCAUCAGAGACAUGCAUUGACGGAUGAUGAACAAGUAGAGGAAUGUGAAGAAGGUGAUUCGAAUGUGAACAGGAGAAUGGAGACGGAUGAUGAGUCACUAAAAGAAACAAGAGAUAGUGAGCAUAUAAUUAAUGAUUUGCAUGCUUUGAAAGAGCUGGAGAGAGCAAGGCUUGGUGAUCGUAUUCUUGAGAAUGCUAAGAACAAACUAGGGGUUAUUAACAUAGAUGAGGAGGCCAGGGCUAAGAAUGAUUUGAUCUCAAAGGAACUUCGGAAUAUAAAGAAGGGCAUGCUGUCUAUGAGAGGGAACACAUCAGCUAAGAGAGACCUAUUUGCAAAGAAAGAGAAAGAACAGAGAAAGCAGGAGGGUUUCACAAAAUUAGACAGUAACGUCAUUGUAAAUAAAGCACUUAUAAAUGAUAAUUAUGACAAAGCCAAAAUGGCACUUGAAGAGAUCAUCUCAGAAAGGCAGAAGAGAAAGAAUAAAUUAACAGAUCAAGAUGCAAAUCAAAUAACUGAUGAGAACGCAAGUGAUGAAAGUUAUGUAACAAGGGUAGAGCAACGUAAAAAAGCUAUGAAAGACUCUAUGAUGGAGGGCAAGGAAAAACAAAAUGGCAGCACUUCCACGCUAAAAGAGAAAGAACUAAAAGAAAGGUUAGGUGAUUUGAGAGACCACAAUCACAUGAAGCAGAUUCUGUCACAAACUGAACCUCGACUUGGUGAGACUCACAGAUGGGGUGGUAGGAUAGCUCUGCCAGGCAUGGACAAGAUUGGCAAUGAGCUAGACGCACUCCUUAAAAGUAAAGCUAAACAAGUUAAUGAUAAAUUAGCUGCUAAUCCGGGCUAUGAAUCAGAGGAAAUGAGUUUCAGACAUGUAGAAAAACAGAUGUCUGAAGACAGUGGAGAAAAUCUGAUUGAUGAAAUUGGAGGCAAAAAGUUAUAUGCUCCUCCUGUUCCCCCCAGGAGCAAAAAAGGAGGCAAUAGAGAAGAUGAAAGUGUUACUAAGGAAAUAGAUAGUUCACAAGAUGCAGCAGGUGAAGAUGUCUUUAACAGAGAUGGGAAAUGUGAGAAUGGUGAGGUACACUUAAAUGAGACAAGGAAGACAGGCUCAGGAAAACAAGAAGUAGACAGUAACCUGUUCAAAAAAGAGGCUGUUCCCAGUGUAAAUGAAACCACUUCUGAUAAAGGAUUAUGGGAUGUGUUUAACAGUGCAAAUUCAAAAUCUAUUACUGCAACUGAUGCAGUAAUGAGUGAGCCCUGUCUUACCUUCAAAUUACCCACAAUCUGAAAAUAGAUUAUACUUACCACCAAAAUUCAGAGAAGAUGAAAAUGAGGGGAAUAACCUGCAGACAGAUAUGAGCCCCACAAGGGAAGCCACAUUUGAAAGCAGCAAUGCUAAAGCACUGGAAACGCGCAAGAUAAAGCGAAAGGCCCCUUUAAAACCAGACCAUUUAAUUACACCAGAUGGUAAUGAAACUAAGAAUCUAGUAGCUGAAGAGGAACCACUCAAAAUAAACAGAACUGCUGAGGAAAUAAACGUGGAUACAGAGACUCUUAGUGAAAUGCCCAGAAACAUAAUAUCACCUUUACUGCUGGUAAAUGGUAUUAGUGUCAAUCAGAGCCCACCUGAUCAAGCCAGCUUGUCCUCAAAAUCUUCCUAUUUCUCUGUGGAGAGUGCACUGCACAGAAACACUGAGACUGAGUCAGUUGUUUACCACUCACUGGAGAACUUGAUUGGAGAGGUGGUGGAGGUCGAUGAGGGAUUGCGGAAUGUUUCACGGAACACGAAACAGGAUUCGGAGAGGACUGAAGUGGAUUAUUAUUCUCUAAGUGAUCAUGAGAGUGAGCCAGAGGUUGUAAAGUCACCAAUAACAUCUCCUCAAAAAGAAACAGAAGUACCAUACAAUGAUGGCAAAGAAAGAGAAAAUACCACCACAGACCAAAAGUUGACUCAUGAUGAAAAUAAUCAGACACCAUUAUCACCCUCUAACACUUUCUCACCAACCUUGGGGAUCCCUGCCUUAUUCAAAGUCAAAGACAAUACUUUCAGUGCUAAGUUGAAGAAGACUGUACAACCUUGGUCACCAAGAGGGAAUCUAGGUGGUUUAGAGAGGGGAGAGGAGGAGUUACAUCAAGUGAAGGAAAAUCCAGACCUCCCACCGGCUAAUGAAACAGCUGCCAGUGGUAGCACUUCAGUUCCUGUAGAAAUCUUCAAACCUAAAGAGAUUUCAUCCAACCAAUCACCUCCUCCGCUGCUCUCGCCUUCAAAUCUACAAAAUGAAAACACAAAGAAACCUCAGUUUGGGCAGUUCCUCACUGUCCCACAGGAGGAGGACAGACUUUCUGGGGUGAGUCCAUCAUCAGAGGGAGUGGAGAGCUUAACAACCAGCACAGCUGACACAGCUGAUGAAAUGGGAGUGCUGAUAGGCUGUGAAGUGUCAAAAGUUCCCAGUGAACACUCGGGAUCCACCUGCAGUGGUAAUGAAAGCCAAACAGGGCUACCCAAACCACCGGCUGUUUUACCCAAAUCUGAAAAGGCUGUUCUCAAAGCCAUUAAGCUGGCAAAUAGAAGACUGAAGAAGGAGGAGGCCCAGAAGUCCUCCCACAAGUCGUCUCAAAGCAGCAGCAAACACAGAGCAGAAAGACACAAGGGUGACAAAUCUGAGCAAAAAAGUAGCAGCAGCAGCAGGAAUAGCAAGAGCAGUGAGAAAAAAAACAGAGAAAAAAUGGAAAACAGUCAUCAUCAGAGUGAAAAUCACCACAGUAAAACCUGCAAUGACAGAAGUGAGCAACUACACCAUGAAAGAGGAGGCCACAACAGCGAAAACCAUCAUGACAGAACAGAAAUGAACAACAAAACACGGAGGCAGAGCCAUGAUUCAGUAGAUAGCAACAACCAGAGCAAAGAAGCACUACCCAGUGUUGCAACAGAAAGGCAAGGCCGCAGCACUGACAGACACAUCCGAGAGAAGUCCGAUAAAAGGCAUUACAGCACUGACAGGGUCAUCAGUAAUGUACCUGUGUACAAAGCUCAUGUCGGCGAGAGACCAAUGUCAGACAGGCCUUUCCAGCGAUCACAAAGCAUUGACAGGUACUUAGGAGAUAAAGUGGAACGCAGGCUCAGUCGCUGAUAUGUCAGUCAACGAGAGGUUUGAUCCAAGGGCCCACCGCAUUGAGAAAUCCAUCAUGGAUGAGCUUCAGCAGAGAGGCCGAGCCAGAGACAAGGUGAGCAGAGACAACCUACUGAGGAGGAGUCACAGUAUUGAUGCAUACAGCACCGAAGUACCUCAGCCUUCAACGCUGUCCCGCCAGUCAAGCCACACCAGCCACACCAGCCAGCUUUCUCGCCAGUCCAGCAUUGAGCACACCAUUGUCACGCAGUCCUUCCCUAUGACCCAACGCAAGCUCCUCCAGGAUCCAGACUCAGGGCAGUACUUCUUCGUAGACAUGCCUGUACAGGUCAAGACAAAAACCUUCUUUGAUCCCGAAACAAGAAGCUACGUGCAGCUGCCAGUCCAGCCACCAGAGGGUGCUAUUCCGCAGGCAUCCCCCAUGGAGGUCUUGACCCCACCUCUGGUUGUUUACCACGGCUUUGUCCCGGUGCCUCUGUCCCCCAUGGCUCAGAAAGCUACCAUCCAAGCCCCUCAUGUGGAGCCGGAGGAGUUUGAGCAGAGACACCUGGAAAGGUCAAGGCAAAUGCACUGUAAGGAGGGACAUCCAUAUUUAGAGCCUGUCUAUGGUCAACAUGACCACAUGUUAGGGGAGUUCAUGGGCACUGAGGAGCUCGACUGUCCAAGCUGAUAGGCCCUGAGGUUUGGAAGGAAAAAUCCACCCUCCUCAUAUGCUGUUUUGUGUCAACAAAUUGUGGUGUUCAUUGCAUUCCAGGAAUUAUUUUGUGAUCAAGUGCUGUAAGUUUUUGUUUUGGUAUUCCCAUCUUCAACCUGCCUUAUCUACUUUUACUCCAGUUAAGUGAUUUUCUACAUUUGCCACAAGGAUUUUUAAGCAAGCAAAAGUAUUUGUUGAUGGAUUUCUCCCCCAUUGGACUGUUCAAUGAUUGUACAAGAUGGUAAUUCCAGAAAGAAGUGCUCUGUUUUCUAAAAAUCCUAUGCUAUGGAGAUAUCUCAGUCUGAUGUUUCACAACGGUAUAUACUCUAUAAGAAAAAUAUACAACAAGCAACAAAAUGGACCCAGAAAUGCAAGGUACAUCGGCAAUACCUGUUAAUUUUUAACAGUGUUCAGGUGUUAAAGGGUGGAUUUUUCCUUCAAGGUGAAGUGUUUUCUCACUACAGAUAUUUGACUCCUGUUUUGCUUUACUUACCUUAAACUUUCAUGAGACACAGAAGCUGCGUGGGCUUAGUGAAGCUUAUGAGGCCUCUACUGUGUUUAUGAGGAGGCAUGUGUUUGACUUGAGUGUGAACUGACAGAUAAUGAUGAAUUUGUGGAUGAAUGAUAGUUGCUGCUGAAUGCCGUUGUUUGAAUGUGAGUUGAGGGAGUUGUGUAAGAUAAUGUGCAAUUUUUGAGACAGAUAAAGGACAUGGAUGAUCCAUGUACAUAAUGUAUUUAAGUGUAAAGAGAGAGGGUAAGCCUGAAUGUAAAUGUGGAAUAUUUAUUGUAAAUGCUGAGUUUGUUAUAUUUAACUACAGAGGUUUUCAAGUCUCUACUACUUUUCAGGUAUUGUGGCUUUUUAUUAUCUGAAAAGUUUGUUGCCUUGAGAUUCUUUUUCCACCAGACAGUUUUCCAGUCAUUUUAAUUAUUGUAAGAGAUACAUGAAACAAACAGAAUCGAUUAAAUAAAUAUCUUUAAUUUGUUACUGAUCUCAACUAAUCGUGUCCGCGCACCUAAAUUUUAAAGUUCUUUGCAUGCUAAAGUUGAAAUUGCAGUUACACCUGUUGAAUAUGUUUGAUACAACACAAAUUUCAUUUAUACUGCCUAAAAGCUUGAACUGGCAUUAUUGCAAUUAAUGUUUUUAAUGAGCAGAGGACAUGAAGGAGAAUUGGUAUUGCAAGUUUGUUGCAUUGGCAUUUUUCUAAAUUAGAGUAAAGCAGGGCUGUAUUGUGUCUGUGAUCCAUUCCAAUAAAAAACAACUGUUUUUACAGA